GUCGCUCUGCCGCCCUCCAAGCGGCUCCCACGCAUAGCCCCCCUCCCCCCCCACAAGCCCCCUCAGCUCUCUCCCGGUCCGUCUUGACCUCUCCCCGCGGGUCUCCCCUCCUCCCAGUCCUUCUGCAGCUGACGGAAGUACUUCUGCGCAUGCGAUCGCACCUGCGACUCCGUGCGAGUCUUGACGUACUCGGCGAUCUUCCGCGCGACCCCGGGCCCCAGCACCGCUCCUCGUCCUCCGUCGCUGGUCUCGCUCGUACUCGUCGUCGACUGGUAGGCGCGCAGGGCCUUGACAAAGCGAGCAUGCUCGAGAGGCGUCCAGCGGUUACGAGGGUCGCGUUGCCGCUCUUCAGCCUGGCUCGAGCUGGGCACGGCGGGGGCGGCGGGGGCUCCGGAGCUGGGCGACGGGUCUUGAGGAGGGGCAGGAGGAGGAGCCUCGUCGUAGGCGAGGACGAAGGCGACGAGCGAGUAGUUCCAUGGCUCGUCGGAGGGCGCAGGCAGCUCUGGGUCCAGGGAGAGAGAAGUGAGGGAAGACAGAGGAUAAGCUGAUCAGAAGGGGAGGAGCUGUCGACGCGCGCUAAGAGGCGGUAGAGAGGAAGUUGAGGACAGGGAUGGGAGGGAUGUACGGCCAGAGGAGGAGCAGGAUUGAAGGGAUG